CAGGCCGUUAUCUUAAUUAUGACUGCAUAUAAUUGCUUGCAGCUGUUAUGCUAUUAUUAUUAUAUUGUAGUAACUGAUAUGGCAGCUGUUAUGCUAUUAUUAUUAUAUUGUAGUAACUGAUAAGUUUACGUUUAUGUUCCUGUGUAUAAAGAGAUUGUAAUAUUAGUUUUGAUUAUAUAGAAAACUCAGUUUCUACAUGGUAUCCAGAGCCUAAAGUUUUCCUUUCUUUUUUUUUUUCUCCUUUUCUUUUUCUUUCUGUCGAUGGCUUCAAGCAGUGUUCCCACUAUCUCCAUUCCCAAUAUCUCUCACCUUGUCUCUGUCAAACUAUCUGAUACCAACUAUCUUGUAUGGGAAAGCCAGGUCAAACCUUUCUUACUUGGCCAGAAUCUUUGGCGCUUUGUUGAUGGCUCUCAUCCUUGCCCCUCCCCUACGCUAGCUCCUUCUGAUAAGUCUGAAUCCUCUACUCCGUCGUUGGCCAAUCCUGACUAUGUCUCUUGGUUUCAAACUGACCAAAGCCUAAUUAGUAUUCUUCGUGCUACGCUGUCUGAGAGUGUUCUUCCCCAAGUUAUUGGGUUCUCCACCUCGAAGGAAAUUUGGGAUUGUCUCAAACAAAAUUUCUCCCAACAAUCUCUUGCCAAUUCUGCCCAGCUCAAAUUUCGCCUCUUCUCUAUUACCAAAGGUUCCAAAUCCAUCUCUGACUACCUUGCUCAGGCCAAGAGUUUGGCUGAUGAACUCACUGCCAUCCAGGAACCUGUCUCCAACUCUGAUCUGGUUACUUAUGUGCUUCGUGGUCUGGGUAUUGACUACCAAAUGAUUGUGACGGCAAUUUUGAAUUUCCCACCCCUUCCAUCCUUCUCGGACCUCCGCACUCGCCUUCUUGCCUUUGAAGGGCAACAGGCCUUAGCAGCUCAGAUGGCUCCUGUGGCUUCCCCUGCUGCUUUUGUAGCUGCUCGCUUCCCCCGUGGCCCUCGCCACCCUAGUCCGCGUGGCCACUCCUCUCGUCCCUUUGGUGGCCCGUCUUCAGCCCGUCUUUUCUCUGGCCUGGGCCAGCCUUCUCCCCGUGCUCCCCGUCCUUCCUCCUUCUCUCAAGGUCAUUUGGGUCCUCCACCCUCUCGCCAGUCAAUUCAAUGCUGGAAUUGCCAGCAACUUGGUCAUGUUCAAGCCAAGUGCCCUUAUCCUCGUGCUUUCGCUGGCAUGCAUGUUGCGUCCACUUCUGAUCCUAACUGGUAUUUGGACUCUGGUGCCACCAAUCAUAUGACCCAUGAUGCGCGGACAUUCCCCUCCGGCACUCCGUAUGCUGCUUCGGAUCAGGUUGUUGUUGGUAAUGGUGACACCCUCCCCAUCACUCAUUCUGGGCCUAUGUAAGGAUGGUCUUUAUCCUAUCUUUCCAACGCUGUUGUCCAGUUCCAAGCAAGCUUUUUCUUCUAUCGUCGCGUCGUCCUCUUUGUGGCAUCGUCGUCUUGGUCAUCCCUCCAAUAAAGUUCUUCGCACACUUGUUUCUCGGUCCUUAUUAGGUUCUCUUUCUCGUUUAUCAUCUUCCCCUUGUAGUCACUGUGCAUUAUCUAAAUCAAUAAAACUUUCCUUUUCGUCUCA